AUGGACGUCCUCCAGAAAUCCGUGAUCGAACCUCUCCAGCCGGUUCUCCGCCCUAUCGCCCUCUCUCUCCCCGAACCCGUUCAUGAUGCCAUCGUGUCGCUGAUCGGAUCUGACUGCCACAAUGCCCUGGUGCUCGGCCUCGACGUGACCAAGGACCCCAACUGUACAUCGCUGGCUAUUUCCAAGGCUCUUGGUCUGGCCAUCGUCGGUGCCAGCGCUAUCGUCAAGGUCCCCCAGAUCCUGAAGCUGAUCGGCUCGCAGUCGUCGGCCGGCGUCUCGUUUGUGUCGUACGCGCUGGAGACGGCUAGUCUGCUUAUCACGCUUUCGUAUGGUGUCCGCAACCAGUUCCCGUUCAGCACGUAUGGCGAGUCAGCCUUGAUUGCUGUGCAGGAUGUUGUGGUGGGUGUGUUGGUGUUGAGUUUUGCUGGAAGGCCGACUGCUGCCGCGGCGUUUGUUGCGGUCGUUGCGGCUAGUGUGUAUGCGCUGUUGCUGGACCAGAGCAUGGUGGAUGCGCAGACGAUGGCCUAUCUGCAGGCUGGUGCUGGUGCUUUGAGCAUUGCCAGCAAGGCUCCUCAAAUUCUCACCAUCUGGAGUGAGGGUGGGACUGGACAGUUGAGCGCUUUCGCGGUGUUCAACUAUCUCAUCGGAUCCCUCUCGCGCAUCUUCACAACCCUGCAAGAGGUUGACGACAAGCUCAUCCUCUACAGCUUCAUUGCCGGAUUUACCUUGAACGUGAUCUUGGCUGGUCAGAUGCUGUAUUACUGGAAGAGCCCUGCGAAGCCCAAGAAGCAGGCUAAGCCGACUUCCAAGCCCGUGCAGCAGGCUCCUGUUGCCGCGAGCACCGGGGCAUCUCCCAAGCCGUCUGGCAAGACCCCUACUACCCGGAGACGGGGUUAA